AUGGAGAUUUCAACUGAAGAUGAUGGCAAAAGCUCACCGACCAACUUUGCGUACAAAGGCGCUCACCAGGCGUUCAAGGACCGCUGGAAACAGACGGAUGACUCUCUGUGCCGCCACAGUAUGUCCUUCCACCUGUAUCACACGGUGAGGAACGAGUUCUUCGCCAGCUACCUUUACCUGGUGGAGAAGAUCCCUGUAGUGAAGCUGUUCCCCGUCACCUGCGAGUACAUCAAAGGAGAGAAGCAGUUCUACUACCGAGCUCAGCAGUUCUACGAGGACGUUACCCCCUCCGAGGAGGGCAUGAUGGGAGAUUUUGUGAACAUAUCCGACGUGGAUCUGGAAGGUUCCCGCCAGUUUCUGAAGAGGUUUGUGGGUCCCGGUAAGGCCGGCACACACUGCGCUCUGGACUGCGGCUGCGGGAUCGGCCGUGUGAGCAAAGGCGUCCUCCUGCCUGUGUUUGAAAAGAUGGAGAUGGCGGACAUGAUGGAGCACUUCCUGCUCCACGCGCACGAGGAAUACCUGGGCGACGACGCCGACCGCAUCGAGACGUAUUACUGCUACAACCUGCAGGAGUUAACGCCGCCGCAGAACAAGUAUGAUGUCAUCUGGAUGCAGUGGGUGGCAUGCCACCUGACGGACAAGGACCUGAUGGAGUUCCUGGUGCGCUGUAAGAGGAGCCUGCGUCCAAACGGCGUCAUCAUCAUAAAGGACAAUAUGGCGCGGCAGGGCUGCAAGCUGGACGCCAUCGACAGCAGCAUCAGCCGCCACCUGGACAUCAUGAGGCACAUCAUCGCCAAGGCGGGCUUGGAAGUCCUGGCGGUUGAGAAGCAGGAAGGCUUCCCCGAGGUCAUCAUGCCUGUCUGGAUGAUUGCUAUGAAAUAG